AAACAGGAAGCAGCACACGGGGGAAGGGAACUGUUUUCGUACUACAUAUAAACACACAGCUCUUGCAAAGAACGGUUUAGUUAGAGAUGUUGUAUACACUAUACACUCAAGGUGUGUCGAUGCAUGUUCGUAGUACACAUAGCUGAGUGAUACUGGGGGUUAUGAAAAUGCCACACAAUUGACCCAAAUGAAUGUUCCUCGGAAUAGUACCGAACAAUAUGCGGUGCUCCCCAACCGCACUAACAAUCUCCUCAUAACUCUUAAAAUAGUAGAUUAACUAAGAAGCGCUGGUAGCCAUGGUGUGGGUUUCGAUGCUGGCCGCGGUGCUGUGGCUCUGGACGGAGUCCGGACGCUGCGAUGUGCAGAACGGAUCACAUCUGGUCGAAUACUCCGCUGAGGGCUUCUCUGAGAAGCUGCAGUCCGGGAGCACUAUGUUUGUGUACUUUGGGCAUCGGGUCUCCCCCACCAUCUCCCUCUUCCUAGUCCAGCUAGACAAGUCCGCGGAGGCCCUGCAGGAUUAUGGGAUAGUGGUUGGCAAGGUGAACUGCAGCCUGGGGCAGCCGGCCAAGUUCUGCACUGGAGAGCGGCUGCUGAAGAAGGUCUACCUGUUCAGGAACGCUGAGCUUCUGAAGAGCUUUGACGUGGACUCAGUGUUCGACAUCAACGCCAUUGUGGCUCACGUCUUGUUUGGCGUCCUGUUUGACGAGGUGCGCUACGCCCAGUCCGUGGCCGACCUGCAGGCCCUGGAGCGUGCGGCGUGGGGGAGGAGCGACGUGGUGCUGGCCUACGUCCAGAUGCUGGGCACGCAGGAGCACCGCUCGCUGAUGGAGACGGUGUUUGUGUACGGAGCCAAGCACCAGUUCGUCCUCACUACCGGGGGACCCCUACUGGAGCAGCUGGGCAUGGACCCGGGCCGCACAGCGGGGGUCUGGUUCCUCCACUGCCGGCUCCUCCCGGGCCCGGCCGGCUCGGGGGCCCCCGACCCACGCUGCCCCAGGACCCCCAUGAGGCGGCCCCUGUCCACCCUGGACCUCCACGGGUUCCUGCGGCUGAUGGAGGCCCCCCUGGUGACGGAGGUGCGUGAGGACCCCUCCUCCGUCCACCCCCACCAUACCCUCCUCCAGACGCCCCAGCUCUUCCUGUUCUCCCGACCCAGCACCGAGCACCCGGACCGGGCCGUGGCCACCACUUUAGCCUGGAGGCUGCGAGGCCUGGCCCUGCUGAUGCUAGUGCACAGAGAGAGUCCUGCGGUGAAAACACCUGAGGAGUUCAACGUGGCCUACAGGCUUCCAGGACAGGGCUCAGGGGUCAAGUAUCUGACCCUGACCAACCUUGAGGAGGUGGUGGGGCUGUUCAAUGCCCAGGAGAGAGCUGGGGGGCACGAGGAAGAGGAGGAGGAGGAGGAGGAAGAGAGAGAGCAUGCAGAUGACUGGUCGGAGCUCGACAUGUUGGACGACGAGGUGGCCGAGUCGGUCUUCAGGAGCCGAGGCGUCUCAUUGGACAUGGACGCCGUAACGCUGCUCAACAGCGACAACUUCCUCCCUGCAGUAGCAGAGCACAGCCUCACGGUGGCACUGUUCUACCUGAAAUGGGACGCUGUUUCCAUGGCGGUCCUUAGUAAGUUCAUUGAGGUCGCUGACAGACUUGCAGACUCGGAGGUGGCCGACGUUCAGAUGGGCGUGGUCGACUGCGGGGAGUGGACCGACCUCUGCGCCGCUCAGCCAAUGGCCGCCGACCGCCCGUACCCCUUCCAGCCAAUCAGGGCCUUCCCCAGCGUCCUGCUGCUCCGCCCCCAGGAGACGGCCCAGCGAUACAGAGGCAUGCUGGGUAGCGAGGCGCUGCACCGGUUCAUCCUCAUGAGCCUCGUGCCGUCCCCACUGCUGCUGUCCACGCAGGAGGAAGUGAGGUCGUUUCUACAGGAAGUGCCCGGGUCAGACCUCUCGGCCUGCAAACCGGACCGGGUCCUGGGACUGUUUAAGACCACUGCGGACCCCCGCGCAGCAGUGUUCAGUGCGGCGGCGACGGCGCUGAGAGGCGAGGUGCUAGCCGGCAUGCUAACGGAUAGCCUGGCAGAGAGCUGGGCUGCCGGCUGCUCACAGAGCCUGUCGUCACCGGAGGUCCUGUUAUACAAGGCGUCCGACGCCUGGGCGCCCGCCCCCCCUGACCUGCUCCGGCCCCUCCCCCUCCCCCUCCCGGCCUCGGCUGAAGAGCUGGUCGCCCUGGUCAACGCUGCGCUGCUCCACCAGAUGCCAGAGCUGACGGUGGCCAACCUGCCGUCCUACCUGGCCCUGGGCCGGCCCCUGCUGCUCCUCUUCGUGGGGAGCGAGGAGGAGGAGGAGGACGACGACGAGUGGGCGAGGAGGGAGACCCAGGCGGUGCUGCGGGAAGUGAGGGCGGCGGCCGGGGGCGGGGGAGAGGGCGGGGCCGAGGGCUACCUGCCCUGCUGGAUACACCUGGGCCGUACCCCCGCUGGGGUCUCCGUGCUGCGGACGUACCUGGGCUCCCUGCCCCCCCUCCCCGCGCUGGUCCUGUCCCAGCUGCCCAGCGGGGAGCUCUACCACUACCCCUCCCACGGGCCCAUAGUGGCGCGCUCCGUCCUGCACUGGCUGGAGGGCAUCCGGGACGGGACCGAACCACCCACAGGAACGAUGGGUGAUGACGGGUGGCGCCCCGCCGCCCCGUUGUACGACUUCCUGUCCGUCAUGGACCACGAGGCCCCUGGCUACGCCCGGCCCUCCUCGCCCAGGGUCAAGACGGGGGAGGGGGAGGAGGGAGGCGGGCGGGAGGGGGGGGGAGGAGAGCGGGAGGCCCAACCCUCCCGUCCGCCGUGGCACUCUGAGCUCUGAGACAGGACUGUUUCUAUGGGGCUAUUUCAUCUAGUGUUACUGGGGCCUUUUAUGGUCAGGACGGGGGAGAGAGACAGGGGAGAGAGACAGGACAGGGGAGAGAGACAGGACAGGGG